GUCACAUGAUGCGGCGCACGGCCUGCCAAUAUGGCGGUGUGCAUCGCGGUGAUCGCCAAGGAGAAUUACCCUCUGUACAUCCGAAGCACUCCCACCGAGGAUGAGCUCAAGUUCCACUACAUGGUGCACACGUCCCUGGAUGUGGUGGAUGAGAAGAUCUCGGCCAUGGGGAAGGCACUGGUGGACCAGAGGGAGCUAUACCUGGGCCUGCUCUACCCAACUGAGGACUACAAAGUAUAUGGCUACGUGACCAAUUCCAAGGUGAAAUUUGUCAUGGUGGUGGAUUCCUCCAAUACAGCCCUUCGAGACAACGAGAUCCGCAGUAUGUUUCGGAAGCUGCAUAACUCUUACACAGAUGUGAUGUGCAACCCCUUCUACAACCCCGGAGACCGCAUCCAGUCAAGGGCCUUUGAUAACAUGGUAACUUCAAUGAUGAUCCAGGUCUGCUGAGCUGGACCUCCGCCCCAGUCGCCUGGAAGAGAAGCUUGUGUUAACCCUGUCUGAUGACUAUUUAUUCCCCUCCCCCUCCCUGACUGUAACCCGCGGGCAGGGCUGUGUGCCUUGUACCUUCCCACUAAAGGCCUCCCAUGAUGAGAUCGGCUCUGUCCUGUAUCAGCAGGGAGGGCUCAGCCGAGGACCUGAGAGCUGCUCUCUGAGACUGUGACCACAGUCAGGGGGCCUGAGGGAGAACCCUAAGUACAGGAGCCUCUGGACCUCCGUUGUCUGCGUAGGUGGGUGGUCCUGCAUAGACGGGUGCAGGGUAUGGGGAGCACAGAGCCAGCUCCAGAGCAUGGAGGCAAUGCAAAGCUAACACCACAUACAUUCCUUCUUGGGCAAGGGCCCUCAGUGUUCUGGACCCAUCGUUCAUUUGGCCUGGCAUUUGUGCCCAACCCCGGCCUGAGGAGGUGGUAAAAUCUGUAAGCUUUAUGGAACACAGCAUUAAAGCAGCUGCUGUUUCCCAUGUGCCAAGUGAGAAGCUCCAGGAGCCUUUCCUGGCCGACAGUGGGCGUGGAGGUCCACGGGGGCCCCAGUGCUGCUCCUAGGCCACACAUCCCCAAGGACAAACCAGGCUCUCCCAAUAUAAAAUCCUGUAGCUGUGCCACUGGACAGUGUGGCUAACGUGUGUCCUGGGAGACGGCAGAGGCCUAGACGACCUGCCCCAGGUCUGAGGCCCCUGCAGAUGUUGCUACUUCUUGCUGUUUUCAGAGCUUCUGCCUUUCCGAAGUCAUCGGCCAAGGACCUCCCCCUUCCCUGUAGAGUUUCUUAUGCUUGGGUCCAGCAGGCUGUGACUUCUCUACAUGAGCUGGGUGGAAUAGAAGAGACGGCCCAUCUCCAUGUGGCUUUGCUCCAAUGAGCACAAGUUUAUUAAAAAUGCAGUAACUGGGUGGUGGUGGUGCGUGCCUUAAAUCCCAGCUCUCAGGAGGCAGGGGCAGGUGGAUCUCUGUGAGUUCUAGGCCAGCCUGGGCUACACAGAGAAACCCUGUAUCUAAAAACUAAAUAAAUAAAUGAAUGAAUAAACGAAUAAAUAAAUAAAAAUGCAGUAAUAAAAGAAGCCAGACCUUCCAACCAAUCGAUAUAAGUGGCAGAUGAAGUUGGACUGAAAUUCAGCAAGCAGCUGACUGACAGGGACAGAGCCCACAUGUGCCUGAGUUAAAGGCUUUAGCCAGAGGAUGGGUUUGGCAAGAGAAGGAAAGCCCAUCAGUGAGGUGGGAUCUUGGGAUCUUGAGUAUUUAAGGGGGGCCACCCUACCUGAGUAUUAGCUGCAUUGGGGACUGUAUCUUGUUCCCCAGUUCCCCUUCCAUCCCUCGUUACAGACAGAAUCUCAGGUUUGCUGGAGAACUUGGCUAAAUGCCAUUUGCUUCCCUCCCCUCACACCAGGGCAGGUUGUUAAGGCGUGCGAAGGGAGAGACCUACAGGACAAAUCCUUUAAAAGUAGUUCCUGCCAAUGUUUAGAGUACCUAAGACUUUCUGCUUUUUCCUGCCUGGAACUUGAGUGUGAUAGUGGCAGCUUAGGCAUCACUCUUGAGAGCGUGAAGAUAAUAAGAUGAGGACAGAGCAGAAGGGAGCCCGAGUCUAGGCAAAUGGGCUGGCCCUGGACCAUUCAUAUCUCUCUUCAUAUGCGAGACAAUAAAAUACAGCACUCUCAUGUUUCA